AUGUCUGUGCUGCGCUACUCAUACGGUUCAAAAGUUUUCAUCCUAUUGAAGAGCAUAAUCUUUAUAGGGAUCACAUGUGUUGUGCACUGUUCGGAUGGAUGGGAUCGUACGGCGCAGACGGUGUCGUUGGCGCAGUUGAUUCUUGAUCCGUUCUACCGUACUAUCCAUGGCUUCCAGGCAUACUUUCCGUCACGACUAUGUUUCCAUGGCUUUUAUUGGUGCAACCAUUUGCUUUGUAGGUGUGGACAUAUCGGGGCGCUGAAUGACGAAGCAGCCAAAGAAGUUUCGCCGGUGUUCACUCAAUUUCUGGAUUGCGUCCAUUUUAUAGCUGAGCAGAAGCCCUUGGCAUUUCAGUUCAACGAACGCUUUCUCAUAGAAAUCCAUGAGCAUGCCUAUUCCUGUCAGUUUGGGACGUUCAUCGGGAACUGCGAGAAAGAUCGAAAGGUU